AUAACAACAACAGACCCAGUGUAUUCCCACAAAGUGAGAUCUCGGGAGGGUAAACCACUACCUUCGAAGAAGCAGAGAGGCUGUUUACGAUAGACCCUCGGCUCAGAAUAGUACACAAGGUCGUAGUGAAACAUGAUGCAGGAUAGAAAAAUCUUUAAUUAUAAAUUUAAAUGAUAUAAGACCACAAGAAUCAAAAGUGUUCUUUAUUUUCUUAAACUUCGGGUCAAAAUCAAAACUGAAGAAACAAAUUGAAAUCGAGUGAAGUAUCAUUUUAUAUUAUCAGUUGUUAUGCUAGGCUGGAUCUUUCCAAUCUUUUUUUGUUUGAAACCAAUCAUUCAUAAGAAGAAAAUAAUAUCAAUCUCUCCACCAGCAGCCCCACUUCAAUACUCUUCACACUCCAUGUAACUGCUAUAGUCACUCUGCUUAGCUCUAUUUUAUUUUCCUAUAUAUAUUACCUGAAGUUUCUCAUUGCUUGUUCAUCCAUUCCCUUUGUUAAUGCAGUCCAAGGGAAUGAGUGUAAAAACACACAAAAUAAUCAAAAUGUCUAAAUACCUAGUUCUAGUUUUUGUACUUCUGUGCCUAUGCAACAUGUCUGUGGCAAUGGAGAUUAAGAAAACUUACAUCAUUCAUAUGGCUAAAUCCCAAAUGCCAGCAACCUUUGAUGAUCAUACUCACUGGUAUGACUCGUCCCUCAAAUCAGUCUCCGAAUCAGCAGAGAUGCUGUAUGUUUAUAAAAAUGUUGUCAAUGGUUUUUCAGCAAGGCUUACAGCUCAAGAAGCUGAAUCCUUGGAGUCCCAACCUGGGAUUCUCUCUGUUUUGCCUGAGUUGAAAUAUGAACUUCAUACUACUCGAACGCCUUCUUUUCUCGGUCUUGAAAAAAGUGCUGAUUUCUUCCCUGAAUCGGAUGCUAUGGGUGAUGUUAUCGUUGGAGUACUCGAUACAGGAGUGUGGCCGGAAAGAAAGAGCUUUGACGACACUGGCUUUGGACCUAUUCCUGCUUCGUGGAAAGGUCAGUGUGAGUCAGGCACCAAUUUCAGUUCCGCCAAGUGUAACAGAAAGCUUGUUGGAGCGAGGUACUUUUCUAGGGGUUAUGAGACUACUCUCGGUCCAAUUGAUGAAUCAGAAGAGUCCAAAUCUCCGAGGGACGAUGAUGGACAUGGAACACACACUGCUUCUACAGCAGCAGGUUCAAUCGUUCAGGGCGCUAACCUUCUUGGUUAUGCUUCUGGAACUGCCCGUGGAAUGGCUAACCGUGCCAGAGUUGCCGUGUACAAAGUUUGCUGGGAGGGGGGAUGUUUCAGCUCCGACAUAUUAGCAGCUAUGGACAAAGCAAUUGAUGAUAACGUUGAUGUGCUUUCGUUAUCACUUGGUGGAGGCACAUCGGAUUACUACAAAGACAGCGUUGCAAUAGGAGCAUUUGCUGCUAUGGAGAAGGGUAUUUUGGUUUCUUGCUCUGCUGGAAAUGGAGGUCCUGGUCCAUUCAGUUUGUCCAACGUUGCACCUUGGAUCACCACCGUCGGUGCUGGAACGUUAGACCGUGAUUUUCCAGCUUAUGUAAGCCUUGGCAAUGGUAAAAACUUCUCUGGAGUUUCACUGUACGCGGGUGAUUCAUUACCUAAUAAGAUGCUUCCCUUUGUGUAUGCUGGUAAUGCUAGCAACGUAACCAAUGGAAAUCUCUGUAUGACGGGUACCUUAAUUCCUGAGAAAGUUAAAGGCAAAAUUGUGCUAUGUGACAGAGGGAUUAAUGCUAGAGUCCAAAAGGGCUCUGUGGUAAAAGCAGCUGGUGGAGCCGGCAUGAUUUUGGCUAACACCGACGCAAAUGGGGAGGAGCUAGUGGCUGACGCCCAUUUACUUCCAGCGACGGCGGUGGGUCAGAAAACAGGCGACGCAAUCAAGAAGUAUUUAACCUCAGAUCCUAAUCCAACGGCCACGAUUCUUUUUGGAGGAACAAAGGUAGGAGUCGAACCGUCACCGGUAGUUGCAGCGUUCAGUUCCAGAGGCCCAAAUUCAAUCACCCCGGAGAUACUUAAACCGGAUAUCAUCGCGCCCGGUGUUAACAUUUUAGCAGGUUGGACCGGAGCAGUCGGUCCGACCGGGUUGGAAGAGGACGAUAGACGGGUCGAGUUCAACAUUAUCUCGGGCACAUCCAUGUCGUGUCCACACGUGAGCGGCUUAGCGGCUUUGCUUAAAGGAGCUCACCCUGAAUGGAGCCCUGCCGCCAUUCGUUCCGCGCUCAUGACCACCGCUUACACUGCCUACAAAAACGGCGAAGCACUACUAGACAUCGCCACUGGAAAACCAUCUACACCGUUCGAUCACGGUGCCGGGCACGUGGAUCCCAUUUCUGCAGCCAAUCCAGGACUGAUUUAUGACAUAAACGCAGAUGACUACCUCAAUUUCAUCUGCGCAUUGAAAUACACUCCAUCACAAAUCAACACCUUAGCAAGAAGAAACUUCACAUGUGAUUCAAGCAAAAAGUACAGCGUCGCAGAUCUGAAUUACCCUUCAUUUGCUGUUUCAUUCCCGGCAGCAGGAAGUGACGGUUCAAAUACAAUCAAAUACAGCCGGACGCUGACAAAUGUUGGACCGGCUGGAACAUACAAAGUUACUGUUUCUUCGACAAGUAGUUCGGUGAAGAUUAUAGUUGAGCCCGAAACAUUGAGUUUCACUCGGAUGAAUGAGAAGAAAUCGUAUACAGUUUCUUUCACAGCUCCAUCGAUGUCCUCAACUACGAAUGUAUUCGGUAGAAUUGAGUGGUCAGACGGGAAGCAUGUGGUUAGUAGUCCAGUGGCAAUUUCUCAGACAUGAAUUGUAUGAAGACAUAGCCAUAGCUGCUGUUUAUUUAAUGUAAGUUCAUGUUUUUCUGCUUUUAAGUUUCAUUUCAGCACAAAAGUUGGAAGCUGGCUCCAAAUGUAUUUAUGGAUAACAUGAAAAAAACAUUUGCCUCUA